AUGGUUAUUAAAUCAUUCGUUACUACAUAUCUUAAAAAAACAUGUAAUGAAAGAUUUAUAUCACAGAUAAAACGAUAUAUAACAUCUUAUCAAUAUAGCACCCAAAUUAGAUCAGAGCGGUCGAUUCUUUCUAAACCAAAUAAAUGGGAAGCAAUUAUCGGAUUAGAAGUUCAUGCACAAUUAAAUUCAAAGACAAAAUUAUUUUCUUCGUCAUCCACAUCUUUUAAUGAACCUGUUAAUACCAACGUAUCA